CUUUUUUACGGCUGCAUCACGUGACCCGGCUGUCAAACAUGGCCCCCUCCUUCUGGGUGUGAAUGAAACGACAGCUGACAAAGGAAAGAAAUCUGUCAAAAAGGGACGCCGCCGACUCAUCUAAACACCGCAGCUCUGUGCAGAAAACGCAGCACCUAUGUGGAUGGAGUGUGCCAGAGAGAGGAAGUGACAGAAGAAGUCCUUCAUUGUUGCAGACCAUCUGUUCAGAUCAAACCCGUCCUCCCUCCUCAUGAGUCUCCAACCUGCAGCCAUGCUGAUCAACCCAGCGCUGGUGGAGUCCUCUGUAGUCUUCGCCGUGUUGCUGUGCGUCCACAUGGCGCUCUGGAACCAGCACUCUUGGUGCUGCAUAGCCCUCUUCAUCCAGGCCUUCUACGUGCAGCACAAAUGGGACCGCCUGCUCAGGUCGGGGGGCGCCGUGUUCCAGUUCCGUCCCACGGCGAACAGCGGCAUCGUCCCGGCCUCCAUGGUGAUGCCUCUGCUGGGCUUGGUGCUGAAAGAGAAGUGCUCGGCCUCGGGGAAUGUCUACUUUGAGCGCUUCUCCAUGGUGGUCACCAUCACGGGCAUGAUGCUGGCUCUGUUCCUCUCGUUGAUCGCGCUGGGCAUCACCAGGCCUGUGCCCACCAACACUUGCGUGAUCGCAGGCGUGGCCGGUAGUGCGAUUCUGUACACGGCCAAACAGACGCUGACGGUAUCCGAGGUCAUCGAGGUCCUGGAGGUUCUGUUGAUCUUCGUUUACCUCAGCCUGAUUGUGCUCUACCUGCUACCGCGCUCCUUCACGCCCGGAGAGGCGCUCCUCAUCGUCGGUGGGAUCAGUUUCAUCGUCAACCAGCUCAUCAAGCGUUCCCUGAACCUGGCGGAGGUCAAAGGUGAUCCAGUGAACUACUUCCUGCCGGUCAUCGUGGUGGGUUCGCUCUUACUGGGUGUUUUCUUCGCCCUGCUCUUCUGCUUCAUGGAGUCCGAGACCUGGGUCUCAUCACUUUUCUUCCACAUGAUGACAGCCGUUCUGGGUCUGGGCAUCCUCAUGCCGUGGCUCUCCCUGUUCAUCGGCCGCCACCCCAUCAUGUGGCUGUUGGACUUCAUCACGUUAAAUGACCGGAGACUCUGUCUGCUGGGGUACUGGGUGUUUCUGGCUGUUGUGGCCACUUGUGUUGUGCUACACCAGAACUACCAGCGCCAGUCCGGCUCCAAGAAGCACCAGGCCUCCACUGUGGUCAGAAAGUACUUCCACCUGAUCGUGGUGGCCACGUAUGUUCCGGGUCUGGUGUACGACAGGCAGCUGCUCCACGUGGCGUCGGUGGGCUGCUUGGCGUUUUUCCUCUUCCUGGAGUACAUGCGUUACUUUCGGAUCAGGCCGCUGGGUCAGCUCCUCAGACAGCUGCUCACUUUGUUCCUGGAUGAGCGGGACUCCGGGCCUCUUAUUCUGACCCACGUCUACCUGCUGAUCGGCAUGUCUCUGCCCAUCUGGCUGUUCCCCGGGCCCUGCGCCCCUAAGGGGAUUCUACCCGGUGCAGGCGGCCUGGUGCCGUACGCGGGUGUGCUGGCCGUGGGGGUCGGAGACACUGUGGCGUCCGUGUUCGGCAGCACCAUGGGGGAGAUCCGUUGGCCCGGCACUAAGAAAACCAUGGAGGGGACGGCGACAUCCGUGUUCGCCCAGAUCAUCGCCGUGGCCAUGUUCCUCAUCUUUGACGGGAGCAUCAAUCUGAACUCCACCUACUCGUGGAUUGUUGGCUCCAUCACUCUGGUGGCCAUGCUGGAAGCCUACACCUCCCAGAUAGACAACCUCCUACUCCCACUCUACCUCUUCAUCCUGCUGUUGCUUUGACCGGACAGAUGGCACAAAAAAAAAAAAGAUCACUCCCACUCUCCUCAGAUCUUUCUAGGGGGAAGAAAGAUUGAUAAGUUUGAAGAAAUAUGAAAGAAAUUGAUAGAAGAAGUAAAAUAAGUCUCUUGUGAAAUGGUCAGCACUACAAUGGAGCACUAAAUAAAUCAGCUUCUUACUUUAUGUGGCAGUGGACAUGAUGUUAGCAUGACAUUACAGUCUGUGGCCCUCAGAUCGUCAUUUCGGUAUCAGUUUCUUUGAGGAAAGAGACGAUCAUUUCAGAAGAACUUACUGAGAAAUGUGGAUAAGAGCUGCUAAUAUUCUUUGAGCUGCGUCUGUAGAGGCAGGAGGUGGUGUUUGGUUUCUCUGCGCGUUACCGUCCCGACGCCAACAACUCCUGAAUUAUACAACAGGAGAUUAGCAAAGUGGAAAAUGUCCUUUAAAGACUCGUUGACGGCACAGACACUCCUAAAUGGCACGUUAUGAUCGCCCUAUCUUGUGCCCCCUUUUUCUUUUGCAAACGGACACACAGCUCUGUAUUGCCUUUGAAGAACAUGAUUUAAAGUUAGCUUAUUGAUGAUCUUUUUCCUCAACAUUUUUUAUUAUGAGAUGAUGUCGCCUCCCUCCCCCGAUGGCAAUAUGAAGGACUUACUGCUGAGAGUAUUUGCCUUAAGAAGUAUAUUUUCUAUCACACGUUACCUACUAUUGUAGAUGAAAGCAUGACGGCCCCUCUCUCAACUCUUCUUUAUAAGGGCUGAUUCAUACUUCAUAUGCUCUUGCAUGACACUAAUGUGAAAUUCCGUACUGUAACACGUACACAGGUAUCCUAGACUAUAUUUUUGUCUGAGGUUUGAUGGGACCCUUUAGAGGUAACCUUAAUAAAUACAUUUCCUUGUGACACUGAGCCUUCAAACCCCGGCAUAUAUUUGGAUCCUGUAGAUAAGCGUUGGGCCAAAAUGAUGAACACAAGCCCCUUUUCUUUAUAAUGUCUUUCUUUUGCAACAAUUUAUCAAAUUUAUUUAAUAUUUGCUCCACAGAAAUAUCCACAAAAAUGCCACCAGGUUUCAUCGCAUCGUUCUUGAAAGAAGACGCUACAAUUUAUAACCUGGAACUUGUUUUUUUCAGAAUGAAUUAAUUACCAGCCUUAAUGAUUAUGUUUAUCUGUAAGAGUUCUUUGGUGUUUUUUUCCAUGUUGAUUCAAUUUAUAAGCAUGUUCCUACUAGUAUUUUGUUUUUGCAAUCAUCCUUACAGUUUUUAAAAAUGUAAUAUAGCAUGUCGAAUGCAUCAGAGAAGAAAAUUGCCAUGGCUCCUAUUUUAUUCAAUUUGUUUAACACAUAUUUAAUGAUUCAGAAGCAGGACCCGUGUGACUGACUCAGUGAUUGAAAACACAUUAAUUAUUUUGGUUUGAUUUAAAAAAAAAAAAAAAAAUACACAUAAAA